UGCCUGGUAUAUACGUGUACCGAAAAAAAUCGUGCGGGCUGGCUUGACUGUGUUUUCCGAAGUGGCGGCUGGCUUGACCGCAGUUCUGCUUUGGUUGUCCGCCACUAGUCGGCCCGGCGGUGCAGCCAUACUGUCCGGGGUCAGCUCGGCUCGCUGCGGGUAGUGAGAGAGGAUGCUGAGGCCCGCAGGUCUCGGUGCACAUCCGCCCAUAACCCGGGGCUAUUAGGCCGGUCCGGGCUAUGGCUGCACCCGUCGCAAACUUCGACGAUGACUGGCCGAUCGUGGGGGACCUGAGCAUGGUUUCGGACUGGGCGAUGAAGGGCUCCGCGGGGGGAGCGGCAGCAGCAGCGCCGCCACUCCUCUUGGAUGAUGGCGAUCUGCUCGAGCUGCAGGACGGAGGCUUCUCCCCGCGGGACACCGGCGCGUUCCGGUCCUCGGAGGACCUGGUGAACGAGUUUGACGAGAGGUUAUCCGCGUGCUUCCAACAUUGUAGCCCCGAAACGGAGAGGGUCGCCCCCGUGGAUGUGAUGACCGAGGACUCGCUGCUGGAGAAAGACGAACUCUGGAAGGCUCUGACCGGUAACUUUGGGCGCGUGAUGCCGGUGGAUUGGAAACGUUCUCGAACAUGCUCCCUCCAUGUCCCCACAUUCAACCUGGGGAAGAAAGCUAGUAAGACUGAUGUCACGGCGGAGCUUUUGGACGAGGAGGAGCUCAGAGAGCAGCUGGACAUGCACUCCAUCAUCGUCUCCUGCCUCCCAGAGGAGCCCCUCUUCACAGCAGAGCAGGUUAUCGAGGAGAUCGAGGAGAUGAUGCAGGACUCUCCCAAUCACUCUCAGUCGGACCUCUCGAUGCUCUCGCUAGAAGUCCAGCGGUUCACCAGGAGCCCCGACUACGAGUCCAGGGUGAGGACCCUGAGUGUUGCAGAGCUGAAUGAACGUCUGGAGGAGACUGAGGCGAACAUCAGGAUGUUCUCGGAGGAGCUGGUGCUGCAGCUGGCUCUCAGGGACGAGCUGGACUUUGAGAAGGAGGUGAAGAACAGCUUCAUCUCUGCGCUCAUCGAUGUACAAAAUCGACAGAAGGAGCACCGGGAGCUGCUGAAGAAGAAGAAGAAGAAGAAGAAGAAGAAGCUUAAAGGCGGAGCGGGGACGCCACAGGGCCAGAAGGCGGUCGGAUCACGCUUCAGCGUGGAGGGGAUCUCUUCUGUCAUUCAGAACAGCUUCCGGCAAACCUUUGGAAGCGGGUGCAGUGACAGACAGUAUUUGACCACAGUCAUCCCUUAUGAGAAAAAGGGGCACCCCCCGUCGCUCGAGGACCUCCAGAUCCUGACGAAGAUCCUUCAAGCCAUGAGGGACGACAGUGACAAGGUGCCCAGUCUCUUGACGGACUACAUUCUCAAAGUGCUUUGCCCAACAUAGACCAGAGGGGCGGCGUUCAGCGCUCUGCUGAGGCUUCAGAUAGUUUACCAUGGCAACAAGAUGAAGAGGACUCGUUGCUGUUUUUUUGAAGGCACACUUCAUUUAUUCUUGCAUGCUUUUACCUCAAAAAUAUACUUUUUUUGUUGUUGCUUUUUUUUCUCACUUCGCUGUAUUUGUUUUGUGUUUGUGAUUUUGCAGACCUCGUGUGUUCCCGUGAAUAUGUACCUUUUUUUUCAGUCUUUCUUUUUUCUUGCACUGUGAAAAAGAAGCUUAACUAUUAUACACUAUAUUAAAUACCGAGAUAGUAUAUCCCAACAGAGAAGCUGCAUCGUUUGGAGACUGAGCGAUCCGAGCUUCAAUGCAAAGGGUUUGGUAUUGAUCUGUGGUGCUGACCUAUCCUUUGAGCAAAGAACAAAUGCACAAAGCACAUCAAAGUUGCCGUAAAAGAAAAAUAUGAAAGGAGCUUUUUUUUAAGCAGCAAAACUGUAAAGUAUGAACAGUAAAGUCAAAUUGAUCCCCAGGAGGAAACCAAUAAAUAAACAUAACGGCAGCAAUUGAUAUGGAUCAAAGGGAAGGAAAGAACGGGAUACAGAUGCAUUUAAUAUAAUGGAAUAAUAACAAAGUAGGUUGUUACCUUUACCUGUUGGCACAAAAAUAAUGUAAAACUGUAAUAUAAGCACAGCAUGUAGCAGCAGAACAUUACAUACGUCAACACCAUUAUUAAUCCAGGGAAGAUAAAGUGUUGAUGGUCAAAGUGAAGAAGCGUGGACUGAAGUGAAUGAACUAACUAACUAUGCAUUUGAGUGAAUCCUGAAUUGUGACACAUGCACUGUUUGUACCUUCGUGACGCCGACUAGAUCUCUGAAUCAGAGACGUGAGCGUUGACGUGCCUGCUGCGCACAGGGCAGCUUGUUAUUCUGUAUGUAUCCUUGUAUAUGUACAAACUGCCUUUACCUGGACCUUUUUUUUACAUUAGAAAUGACUUCUUUUAAAUGAAUGUCAAAUUGUUGGACUACUUGCAGAACCUGGUUCAUUGUUAAUUUAUUUUGUAAACAUUUUCUUUCAAAUAUAUUGAUUAAAAAUCA